AUGUGUCUGUACCAAGUGGAGAGAGAUCAAGAGAUGUGUGGUGGGACUUACUGUGAACAAAAGUUGUCGCCACUCUGUUUUAUCCAUCGCUCUGAUCACCGCGGGCCGAACGUGACGCUGGAGUGGCACCGGCAGCACCGCGGAGAGAGGUCCAGGCUCUUCAGCCACGUCAGCCGCUCAGGGCAGACCCACGGCUCCGGUGUGGCGCUGAAAGGCCUGGCGGGAGGAGACGCCUCGUACACGCUGCCUUUCACCAAGAUGAUCAGCGAAGGAACCUACAUUUGCUCCGUGUCUGUCGUUCCACUGUUUGCCAGUCUGGACGUCAAUCUGCACAUUGAAGAGCCGCCCCGGGUUUCUCUCAACGUGGGUCCCACUCUGGUGAUGGAGGAGGGGAAGGAGCAGAAGAUCAUGUGUGAGGCAGAGAGCUACUAUCCUCUGGAUGUGGACAUUACGUGGUAUGAGCAGGACCCGCGAGCGUCGCGUCAGCGGGUCGGUGCGCCGCUUCCCGUGAUGCUGGAGAAUAUCCUGAUGUCCAGCCACAAACACAACACGGACAGCACCUUCUCCGUGGCGGCUUUCUUUUACCUGCAGGCGUCUCUGAAGUCUUCGGGGAGGCAGUUUACGUGCAGCGUCACCCAUCAGUCCUUGAGAGUGCCCAUCAAGCAGAGCUUCAUCCUGGAGGUUGAAGAGCCAUCCAGUUGGAUGUUGAACCUCGCUCUUGUCUUCUUGGUGUUCAUACUGUUGGCCGUUCUGGCUGUGAUGCUGCCUCGCCUAAACUCAGCAAGAAGACAGAAGAAAUUCUACUGA